AUGGCUCAGUUAAACCUUACUGAUGACCAGAAGAGCAUUCUCUGGUCUCCUCUGCCAACGUUGCGUGUAGUUCCAGGCCAUCACACAACUCAUCCCAGCGACUCCACGUUUACAUUGCGACCCGACCAACUCACACAGUAUGAGGUUUGGUCCUUAGCUUUCAACGACCCCAGACGGCGCCCGGAAAAGACACCUCAAGGCCAAGGCCAGGUCAAAGUCAAGCUAACCAGAGGCUUGUCCCGUCGUGAGGGAGACAAUGUUGCAGUACAACUUGCCCGAUACAUGGACGAUCUCAAGUUCCUCAAUGGAACGUAUGGUCCUGUGUGGUCUCUCAUGACAUGA